AUGCCAGGGCCCCUUGCCGCGCCAACGCCGCAGCGGCCCGCGGAGGGGCGGCGCCUCGGCCAAGGCCUCUUCUUGGCUCCGCUGCAGGAGCUGCCCGGCUGUGCAUUCUUUCCUCGGCAUCACUAUGCUGCUGUCGCCCUCUCCUCUGGAGACACCUUCUUCCUCUUGGGCGGUAGCAAUGGCCGCAUCCACCUCAACGAUGUUUGGUGCGCGCGGCUGUGUAACGUCGGUGGGGUGACGGAUUGGGCCUGGUCAGAAGUUUCGGAGCACCAGGAGGGGCGCCGCGACCCACUUGAUGGGCAGCUGAUGCUCUCCAAGUUUCCUGGCCGCUCGCGCUUCGCCGCCGCAGGUGUUCUCGGCGCCAAGGGGGGAGCAGCAAGGGCGCUGUACGUGACGGGCGGCCAGGGCGCUUUCUGCCCAGAGGACUUCUGGGCCUCGGAGGAUGGCGGCCGUACCUGGUACUGCAUGUGCCGCCGUGUUCCCUGGGGUGGGCGCUUGGAUCCAGGACUCAGUGUGGUCCCGACCAAGUACGAGCAAGUGCUCGUGCUCGGAGGCAUUGUCCCAGGAGUAGGACUCCGAGUUGAACGAGAUCUCUGGAUCUCCGCCGACGCUGGCUCCACCUGGAACAGCGUCGCGACACCCGACUGGGAGCCACGUAGCGCGCCGCUCCUGGCCUUCCCCCCUCCUGGAAGUGGUGGGCGCUCGCUGCUGGUGCUGGGCGGGGCGCGGCUGGCGGAGGAUGCUGCUGGGGAUCGGGCACAUGCGGGCGGCAGCCGCUUCUUAGAUGAUGCUUGGGAGGUUCGUUUGGAUUUCAUCGAGUGUACGAUGCAGGCGCGCGAGCUUGCGACGGCUGAAGCCCCCGAAGGUCGUGGCAGUGACGAGAAUGGUUUUGAUGGCCACAUGGCCGCGUUUGACGCUUCGGCGGCGCCGUCUGCACAUGCAGGCGACAUCUGGCCUAGGCCGGGCAGUGCGGUCAUGCUGCGUGGCGGGGAGGUCUAUCUGGCACCUCUCACGGCGCCUCACACCUGGGCGCCCUCUGCGCAGCUGCGCGACAGUUGGAGCUCACGGAGGCCCUCGGCUGCUUGUCUUCAGCGCCGACGGUGUUGCCGCCAGCGGCGCUGGGGAGAUCUGUGCGCAGCGUGA